AUGCGUGAGGUUAUCUCCAUCCACAUCGGCCAGGCCGGCAUCCAGGUGGGCAAUGCCUGCUGGGAGCUCUACUGCCUGGAGCACGGCAUCCAGCCCGAUGGCCAGAUGCCUUCCGACAAGACCAUCGGCGGUGGCGACGACGCGUUCAACACCUUCUUCUCGGAGACGGGUGCUGGCAAGCACGUCCCGCGCUGCGUGUUCCUCGACCUCGAGCCGACCGUGAUCGACGAGGUCCGCACGGGCACCUACCGCCAGCUGUUCCACCCGGAGCAGCUCAUCUCCGGCAAGGAGGACGCCGCGAACAACUUCGCCCGUGGCCACUACACCAUCGGCAAGGAGAUCGUGGACCUCUGCCUGGACCGCAUCCGCAAGCUCGCCGACAACUGCACUGGGCUCCAGGGCUUCCUGGUGUUCAACGCCGUCGGCGGCGGCACCGGCUCCGGCCUCGGCUCGCUCCUCCUCGAGCGCCUGUCGGUCGACUACGGCAAGAAGUCCAAGCUCGGCUUCACCGUGUACCCGUCGCCCCAGGUGUCGACGGCGGUCGUCGAGCCGUACAACUCGGUGCUGUCGACGCACUCGCUGCUGGAGCACACGGACGUCGCCGUGAUGCUCGACAACGAGGCCAUCUACGACAUCUGCCGCCGCUCGCUGGACAUUGAGCGCCCGACGUACACGAACCUGAACCGCCUGAUCGCCCAGGUGAUCUCGUCGCUGACGGCGUCGCUCCGGUUCGACGGCGCGCUCAACGUGGACGUGACGGAGUUCCAGACCAACCUGGUGCCGUACCCGCGCAUCCACUUCAUGCUCUCGUCGUACGCCCCGGUCAUCUCGGCCGAGAAGGCCUACCACGAGCAGCUGUCGGUGGCCGAGAUCACGAACGCCGCCUUCGAGCCCGCCUCGAUGAUGGCCAAGUGCGACCCGCGCCACGGCAAGUACAUGGCGUGCUGCCUGAUGUACCGCGGCGACGUGGUGCCCAAGGACGUGAACGCCGCCGUCGCGACGAUCAAGACCAAGCGCACCAUCCAGUUCGUCGACUGGUGCCCCACGGGCUUCAAGUGCGGCAUCAACUACCAGCCGCCCACGGUCGUGCCCGGCGGCGACCUCGCCAAGGUGCAGCGCGCCGUGUGCAUGAUCUCGAACUCGACCGCCAUCGCCGAGGUCUUCUCGCGCCUGGACCACAAGUUCGACCUGAUGUACGCCAAGCGCGCCUUCGUGCACUGGUACGUCGGCGAGGGCAUGGAGGAGGGCGAGUUCUCCGAGGCCCGCGAGGACCUCGCGGCCCUCGAGAAGGACUACGAGGAGGUCGGCGCCGAGUCGGCCGAGGGCGAGGGUGAGGAGGAGGGCGAGGAGUACUAA